AAUAACACAUUACACUCAUUAAUCUCUUGCAUUACACACCCAAAACUAACAAAAAUGAAAGAUUCAUCAAAACCUUGGAAACCCUUUACAGCAAAUUGCUGUUCAUCAGAAGACCAAACAAUGUUAGGCAAUUUCAGCAGAUGCAAGCCUUCAAGAUCAGAUUACUCCAAGAAUAUAGCUCCAUUACCAUCAUUCAGAAGACUCUCAUUCUCUGAUCUCAGCCGUUCAUCUUCUCUUCGUAUCAAUGAAGACCUUGCACAGACUUUAGGGGCGGACCUGUUUGACUUUCAACUCAGCGAGUUGAAAGCUAUAACUCAGAAUUUUUGUAGCAACUAUUUGUUAGGAGAAGGUGGGUUUGGAACAGUUCAUAAGGGUUACUUUGAUGAGAAUAUGAGGCAAGGUUUGAAGGCUCAACCUGUUGCCGUUAAGCUCCUUGAUAUUGAAGGAUUGCAAGGACACCGGGAGUGGCUGGCAGAGGUGAUAUUUUUGGGGCAGCUUAGGCAUCCAAAUUUGGUGAAAUUGAUUGGUUAUUGUUGUGAGGAUGAAGAGAGACUUCUUGUGUAUGAGUUUAUGCCUCGGGGCAGCCUAGAGAAUCACUUAUUUAGAAGAGUAUCAGUGUCAUUGCCUUGGGGCACAAGGCUAAAAAUAGCAAUCGGAGCAGCAAAUGGAUUAGCAUUUUUGCAUGGGGCUGAAAAUCCUGUCAUAUAUCGUGACUUCAAAACUUCCAACAUUUUGCUUGAUUCUGAUUAUACAGUGAAAUUAUCAGAUUUUGGACUAGCGAAAAUGGGACCUGAAGGAUCGGACACACAUGUCACUACUCGGGUUAUGGGUACUUAUGGUUAUGCUGCUCCAGAAUAUGUCUCAACAGGGCAUUUAACAACGAAAAGUGAUGUAUAUAGCUAUGGAGUAGUUUUACUUGAGCUACUAACCGGAAGAAGAGCAAUGGAUAAAUCAAGACCAAAGAAUGAGCAAAACCUAAUUGACUGGGCAAAACCAUACUUGACCAGUAGCCGGAGACUACAAUACAUAAUGGAUCCGAGACUUUCCGGUCAGUACUCCGUAAAGGGGGCGAAGCAGAUUGCUCUUCUAGCGUUGCAAUGCAUAAGCAUGAACCCUAAAGACAGGCCAAAGUUGCCGGCCAUUGUUGAAACACUUGAAGCUCUGCAAACUUAUAAUAAGGACAUGGCUGUUUCUUGUGGCCAAUGGCCUCCGACACCGAAAUCUAAGAGAAUUGUUGAUAGCAGAAGUUCAAGUGUUAAGAAAUCCUCUUCUGUUACUCAGAAUAAGAAAGUGUAAAGAGUAUUUAUAAAAUGUGUUGUGCAAUAAGUUGUAAUUAAACUAAAUAUUAAUGUUAUAUAUGUAUGCACGUUAUUGUAUGUAUUGAUGUGAUAUAAAUAAAUAUAUGUAAGAUUUAAUGUGUAAA